GGUCCACAAAUCAGUUUGCGGCCGCACCGCCAAGCCCACCACACUCAAGGCGGUUUCCUAUUUCUAUGACCAGCUCCCUCUCCUCUCCAAAUAACCAUCCUUAUCUACACCUAUAAUAUCUACAAUUCUAUAUAUAUAUACAUAUAUGUAUAUAUACACGCUCUAGCCAUACCUAUCAUUUGUUUCAUUCCCAAAUCUCAACCACUUAGUAGCUCUCUCUUUUUGUUAUCUGAAUUUUGCUCUCGAUCUGAUCAUGGUUCUUGUUUUGAUUCUCUAAUCAAUUAGCUCUGAUUUGAUCAGCUAUGGAGAACAACAACACUACACAGCAAUUGGUGAAUGGGCUCAGGGGUUCAGUUCCAAACAACACAAGCGCGCACACACACACAGUUGAAGCAGGUGAUGAAUCUGAGCAUUUUUCGGAAUCGGAUUCGGAAAGUGGUGGUUCUGUCUCAGGGAUGGAUGAUGAUGAUCCAGACUCACAAGUUUCGGACUGUGAGAGUGGCAUUUCGAAUGGCAACACUUGUGAGCAACAUCAACGCUUCGGUGCUAAUGGUUUGAAUGAAGUUGAUGAAGGGGAUAGGCAGCACCAACUCAUCAAACACUGCUUCUUUUCGGGUUUGGGUUCGCUCGCUGCACAAACCUCUCUGGUUUCCAUCCGCAAAAAUGCCUGCUCGACCUUCACAGCGAAAGCCCGGCUUCAUUCGUUUCGGGUUUUCACGAGAGCCAUGGAGAUGAAGUAUGGUGGUAAUGCCAAUGUCAAGUACGCUUGGUAUGGUGAUUCUAAGGAUGAGAUCACAAACAUCAUUUCUCGUGGUUUUGGUCAUUGUGACAAAACUGAGGACAAUGGGUUGUAUGGUUGUGGCAUCUAUCUCACUCCUGAUAAUCAUUCCCUUGAAGGUGUGAAGUCCACAGUUGUUGAUGAGGAUGGUCUGAGGCACAUUCUGUUUUGUCGUGUCGUUAUGGGGAAGAUGGAGCUUGUCCAUCCUGGCUCUCAGCAGAGUCAUCCAAGUUCCGAAGAGUUUGAUUCUGGUGUAGACAAUCUUACAUCUCCAAAAAAGUAUAUAGUGUGGAGUACCUAUAUGAAUUCUCAUAUCUGCCCGGAGUUUGUUCUAAGUUUCAGAGCCCCUCCUUGCGUGAUGGGAUGGCAAAGGAUUCAACAUGCUCCGAGGAUGCCAACUUCACCAUGGCUACCAUUUUCGACUCUGAUCACUGCACUUUCGAAGUUCUUACCUCCUCAUACUAUCAGUUUGAUCUCCAAGCAUUACAGUGAUCAUAGAGAGCAGAGGAUCUCGCGGCAUGAAUUGGUACAGCGAGUAAGACAAAUAACGGGAGACAAGAUAUUGACUACAAUCAUCAAAUAUUUCAGAGACAAGCAACUUCGAGAAUCAACAGACUUUUUACCAAGCAACAGCGCAACUGUGCGCCAGCAAUCAAGUGGAAGAAACAACAAAUGCCGGAAAGUUGGAUGAGUUUAUGUUUGUUGCAAGAAAUCUAGUGUUCAAGUUCAAGUUUAUAUACUGAUUAGGAAUGAGAAAUCAGAUUAACCCAAAACAAACAAAGGUAUGGUAAGGGAUGUGAGCAAUAGAUCCUGAGUGGACUUUGCUUGUGUUCUUGAUAGUAGCUAGCUUUAGUAAGUAGUAUUCUAGUUGAGGGUGUGUGCUUGUGUGUUUUUUCUUUUCUUCCUGUUGAAAUCCAGUAAUCUACAACCUAAGUUUGUUGUAAUAGAGAAAAGUUUGUUUUUAGCACGUUGAUGAUCAAGGAAUAAAAAUUGUUUUUCCUUUGAUUGA